AACUGUACUUUUUAAUGGCCUAUCUUAUUGUAAUUAUGUGAUUGAGCUCAAACAAUUCAAUAUCAUCAAGUUUUGCCUGUUACUAACAAGACUGGCUGCAGCCUGGCGCUUCCCGUCUCAUGCCGAGACGUGUCCAACGGUUCAAAGGGUCAAAAACAAAAUAUGAAAUCACAAAUUAUUUUCCAUGGAGUCACGGGUAAAUUUGUGAUUUCUGGAUUUUAUUGUUGUGUCCCUGAUGUUAACAUAAAAUUGAUGAAAACUUGAAGAGGUGCUGUACAAUAUUGUAAUGAUUGGAAGUAAAGAGGAAGAUAUAUUUUUCUUUUCAUCACAGCAAAUUACCCAGUGUUGAAAUCCUAGUGUUGGGGACUUUUAGAGUAAAGUGUUAAAGUUGUGGUGUUGAAUUUUAGCUAGUGUAAACAGCCUCCUCUGGCCGAUGUAAAUAAUCAGAGUUACCUUUGAGUGUUAAUAGUCACAUCCGGGACAUUUACUCGUGUGCACGCGCCUGACCCAUCUGAAAUACUUUUCACAGACGCCAUUUUCUUUGCUCACGACGCGGCUCGUAUGAGGACGGAAUAUGGCGAAAUAAAGUGUAUAACCUUACUCAUAAAAUGGGGUUUGUAAUAUCAUAUUGUUUUAUAAUGACAUUUAUUUGCUGUGUGCACAUAAACUUUUCUCAAGGACAUUUCCUUUCACUCACGAUGUGGAACAGACAAGGACGUCUUUUAUUUUCUAUAUGGGAAAUCUAAAAAAAGCACUUUUGUGAUGCUGCAAGUGGGAGUGGAUUUCUUGCUUAGAUGGAAACUGCAGAGAACCACAUCCUGUCGUCCUGAAAAAAAGAAAGAGACUACUUUCUCCAUUGGCACAGACUUUGUUCAGUGAUCAGUAACAUACAUUCAGCCAGGGCUGUCCUUAGGGGGUGCAACUGAUGCGGUCGCACCGGACUCCACACUUGAGGGGAAAACGGACUGAAUGAGCCCCACCCCCCCGGAACGCUUCCUACUUCGCACCGGGUCCCAAAUCAGCUAAGUAUGGGCCUGCAUUCAUAGUUAAUGGGCCUGGGCUGUCUGUAUCCAGAAGGCCGGAGCAUCUCCCUGAUCUCCUUGCAGUUAAAGUGGCAUCUCCCUAAAAUUGUCAAGACGACAGGCACCAAUCAUGGAUCAUCAAUGACUGGAGAGAUUCAACAUUCCCAUGCUGUUACCCAGAUGAAGGAGUUGGCUAGGAUCAUGAAACAUUUAGUGCCCCUAGAGAGUGAGAUCACCCAGGAGAUCAUUAGGUACAAUGUGGACCCCAACCUGGCCAAGUAUGAAGAUGGAGAUGACAUUGUGAAGUGGUGGGCCCAUGUCAUGAGUUUGGGGAAGUAUCCAGCUCUCAGCCAGGUUAUCAGACGGGCCCUCUCCAUCUUCCAUGGACCACUGGUAGAGUCCUCCUUUAGUCUCAUGGGAGAUGUGAUUGAUGCUAAAAGAUCUAGCAUGAAGAUCUCCACCUUUGAUGCAGUGCAGACUGUCAAAUAUGUGCUGAGGUCAAGGGGCAAGACUGGCAUUAGCAUGUUCAAAAGAGCUGACAUUGAUAAAACUCUCUGCCAGAACAUUAGGGUUGCAGCGAGAAGGGACAAGACCGACAGAGAGAAGAGGAUGGAGGCAAAGCAGAAGAGGCAGGUGGAGUAUGGCUGCAGUGCUACAUGUGAAAGUGCAGAGAAGGCCAUGACCACUGCUCUGGCCGAAGAGAGGCAGACACGUCUCAAACAUGUUGAUAAGAAAAUUAAUGCAGCCAGACGCAAGGCCCUGGAUACGUUGCAGGAGGUGGCCAGGAAGAAGAGGAAGUUGGAGUAAAGCAAGAAGAUAGUUCAAUGAGAGUUUAUGUUUCGGAAUAAAAAAUGAAAUCGA